AUGUUGAGAUACUAUGGGGCGACAAGAAACUUACCCUUAGUAUUCAGCAUUAACAAAUUAAUGUUGAGGGCGUCAUCUUUCACCAGGCCAUUUCAUUAUAGUUCAUAUUCUCUACAGAACGGUGAUACUCCUGAUAAAGGCAGCACUAAUAAAAAUGAAAUACGGACACCUAAUAACGCUGUUUGGAAAGAAAAUAUAGAACUUCAAUGGCAGCACUUGAAAAAGAAAUUAAAUGAAUUGUAUUCUAGGUUUAACUUCCACCGAGAUCAAUUAUCCUUUCAAGUUAACAAGGCCAAAAAAUCAAUUCAAGAGGCAAACAGGAAGUUGUCUGAGCAAGAGAAUGAAAUCAACGAUUCCCGUUUAAACUAUAAUAAAGAUGAAUUGACCAGUGCGAAAAUUGAAGGAUUGCCCUCCGAAAGGGAACAACAUAGAAAAAAAUGGUCUAGAAAGUUAGAGUUUUAUUUUGACUCAUUACAGGAGACGUUAUUUACUGCCACACGUGCUUUAAAUGAUGUGACCGGUUAUUCUGGAAUUCAAAAGCUCAAAUCUAGCAUCAGUCUAAUGGAAAAAAAAUUAGAAGCUACAAAGAAAGAACACAAACUGUUUAAGGCACAGUACGCUAACGCCAUUGAUGAACGUGCUCAAUCCCAAAGAGAAGUUAACGAAUUAUUGCAAAGGCAAAGCGCGUGGUCUUCGAGCGAUUUAGAGAGAUUUACGCAGCUAUACAAAAAUGACGCCUUGAAUGCUAGACAGGAGCAAGAACUAAAAAACAAGGUUAAAGAAAUUGAAAGCAAAGAAGAACAACUAAAUGACGACUUGUAUAGAGCAAUUUUGACCAGGUACCAUGAGGAACAAAUAUGGUCAGACAAAAUCCGAAGAACAUCCACCUGGGGUACAUUCAUCUUAAUGGGUAUGAAUAUAUUCUUGUUUAUUGUCCUACAAUUACUAUUAGAACCUUGGAAACGGAAAAGGUUAGUAGGAUCGUUUGAAGACAAAGUCAAAAGCGCUCUCAACGAAUAUGCCAAGGAGCAGAAUAUGAAGAUGGAUAAAUUGUUACCUGGAAAAUCAUCGGAAGUAACAGACCAAGGCAACACAGAAAACUCGAUCGUUGAAGAGCACAUAGAACAGAGAGGUGAAUGUAAAAUUAAUACGGCGGAAAUCGACAGGCCUGAAGUUGCAACGGCUGAGACCACUACAACAGAAAUGAAAUCCUUCAGAGAUAUUUGGGAACGAAUAAAGGCACUUUUUGUCACACUAAAAAGCAUACAAUAUAGGAAACUUGACGCUCCCCUAGUCUUUGACACCUUAGAGUUCUACUUAUACUCAAUUUCUUUAGUGAGUAUGACAAUCUUGGUAUCCGGGCUGAUAUGA